CCACGGUGUCAUAUCGAGUCCCUUCCAGUGGAGUUACUGUCAUACAUAUUCACGUUAGCCACACACGACUGUGACUCUGAAGAAGGACGCGUAUUCAGUCCUGAAAGUGUAACUCUGCCAACUGUACUGGCGUCCGUGAAUUCCCGCUGGAGAAAGCUUGCACUAUCUGUCCCGACCUUAUGGUCAACACUCAGUAUU